AGGAUGGCUGUUCUUCUGAAGAGGCUGAUGCCACAAACCAUGAAGACUGACGGCAACUUACUCAGGAGAUGUUUCCAAAGACACACUGUGAAGCCAGACCUGGCACGGCCUUCCCUGACCGCGUCCACCCCGAAGCUGUUGCACCUGAUCUCUGCAAAAGGUUUUAGUACUGCGGGCGACACCGAGGGCGAGAGGAAACAGAAAAGAAGGGAUGCUUUUUCUAACACAGGACGGAAGAUUAGUGAGCGAGUUAUCCGCGUCCUGGACGAGAAGGGCGUCGACCUGGGGACGAUGCACCGAGCGGAUGUGAUCAGACUCAUGGACAAGCAGGACUUGAGGCUGGUGCAGAGGAACACCACCUCAGAGCCACCGGAGUACCAGCUCAUGACCGGAGCGCAGAUCCACCAGGAGCGGCUAAGAAUCCGGGAACAGGAAAAGGCCAAGCCCAAAACUGGACCAACUGUGACAAAGGAGCUCAUUUUUUCCUCAAAUAUUGGACAGCAUGAUUUGGACACCAAGAGUAAACAGAUUCAACAGUGGAUUGAGAAAAAGUACCACGUUCAAGUCACCAUAAAGAAGAGGAAAGACACAGAGCAGCCCGGGAGUGAGACGGAUGAGAUAUUUAACCAGAUUCUCCAGACGAUGCCUGGAAUAGCAACCUUCUUGAGCAGGCCGAAAGCCGUUAGAGGAGGCACUGCCUCCAUGUGUGUUUUUCGUCAUGUGAGCAAGAAAGAAGAGAAGGCGUACAGAGAAUCCCAGGAGAGCCAGAAAGGAGACACUGUGAGCAAAGACGACAGAAACAGCAACAAGUCGGACGUCCUGUGUCAGUGAUUUAAUGAGAAGUCCAGGCUUCUCCAGAAGCCUCUGCUGGCCGCUCUGAAGUCCCUCCCGACUAGUGGACAGUAAGUAACGCAGCUGGGGCGAGCAUCGUGGCCUCUGGGCUGCUGCUGGACUCUGUGCUGUUAGGCAAGGAGCAGUCGGGCUCUUGUUUCCCCUUAGGAGGGACGUACCCGCUGAGGCGCGAGGCCAAGCUGCGUCUCUCCCGAGGUGGUCUAACCUUUAAGAGAACAGAAUUCCCCAUCAGAAUUACCUGUGUUUCUCAACGGAUCUCCACCUCAACAGAUCAGCCCCUGCUGGGAUUCACACCCUCAACAGGCAGACACACAGGAUGGUGGGGUGGGAGGGUGGACGGACAGAUGCCAAGCAGGCCUUACAGCUGGGUGCUGGCCUAAGCAGCUGCCACUUACUUUGAGCUUCAUCCUCUUCUUGUCAGGAUCGUGCACGACACUGUGCCUCAUGAGACUUUGCUGUAGUACAAGGGAAAGAAAGAGACUUGAUCUGGGCCUGGAGAGGUGGCUCAGUGCUUAGAGCAUGUCUUGAGGACACGGAUUCAGUUCCCAGCACCCGUAUGGUGGCUCACAACCACCCAUACUCCAGCAGUUCAAAAAAAACCUCUUGGUGUCUGCUAACGUUAAAAAUGCAGUGACACCAUGCAAUAAUAAACUACCAGCUGCCUUUC